AUGGCAAAAACCCUGCACCUGCUUCUGGCCUCGUUGGUUAUAGCGUUGACCUUGAACUUUGCAGCUUGCACCAACACCAAGGAGAAGCAGAAAGUAGUGGGCCAUGUGGAGGCAGCCGAUGCCAAUGACAAGGAGGUGCAGCGCGUGGUGGACUUCUCUCUCCAAGUUUACAAUGACGCGAACAACGACCUGUACUACAGCCGCGCAGUGAAGGUGAUAAGCGCCAGGCAGCAGGUCGUGAAUGGAAUGAAAUACUACUUGCGCAUAGAGGUGGGCUGGACCACAUGUACCAAGUCCCAGUCCCACUUGCCUGACUGUCCUUUCCGUGAGCAGCCGGAUCAGCAGAAGAAAGAAAUCUGCUCCUUUGUCGUCUAUACUAUACCCCGGCUUCAGAAAAUCUCCAUGGAAAGUUACAGCUGUCACAGUGCCUAA